GAGGCGCGGCCCCGCCUCUCAGGCGCGCGCCCCCGCCCCGCUCCGCCCCCUCCCCCCGGCCUGAGGGCAGCGCAGACGCAGCGAGCAGCAGCUGGGGUUAGAUGUUAUCAGACGGCAGGAAGCGAAGACGGAGCUGUAAAGAUGAGGAAAGCCAGCCUGUCCCACCACCAAAACGUCUCAGCAACAAUACUUUGUUGCAGGAUCUACCAAGAGACAGCUGGGACUGCGAGUCCUCAAGCAGUGACAGCAGCAGCAUUGUCAGUAGUCCUGACAGACUGAAUGGACACUUACCAGCUGAAGCCAAUUUAAACUGGACCAAGCCAGGCAACAGCUCAACUAUGCUUCAAUUUUCUGAUUCCAUUGAACAGUCUACACAAGGCCCAUACUUGCAAAUCAAUCAGAUCCUGAAAGAGGCACACUUCUAUAGCUUGCAUCAGCGUGGACAUCAAACGUGACCAGACUGGGACUGUGUGCCUUCAAUGAAGGACGGGAACUGUAAAUGUAAUUUUUUUGCAGUGGAUGUUUGUACUUAGAUGAUUUAAAUUGCACAAUCUUUUCCCUUUUUGCUCCAUUUGGUUUUAAAAAAAAAGUACCAUCUCUUCAAAUGCCCUUGGAUGUAUGUAAUAUCAAAAUUGUGGGGACUAUAACAGCACAACUGUAGCCUUGAUUGCUUCAUUUACCCUGUCUGGCACAAAUCUGACUCACUAAAUCUAUUCUCUGUAGAAUUAGUCAACAUUUAAGCAAAGUCCUCCCAAUAAUAAUGCAUCAAGUUGUUGGAAUUGUUUUAUAAUGAAGAAACAAUGAGAAGGUGUUUAUAUUUCAUACACUGUAGAUUCGACUUGAUCAAAGAAAUGGUUUUGUAUUUCCACUGCAUUUUAAAAAAAAUGAAUCUGCUUUAAAGCCAGAUUGAAGGUUUUAAAAAAAAAUGUGAGAUGCACUAGGAUUGCAAUGUUACUUUAUAACUCCUGGAGCCCAUAAAGUGCAAGUAGUAAACUAGAGUUUCCUAUUUAGGCUAGUACAAAAGAUUUGAUCUGGGAUCCUGUGUAACCAAAAAAAAAUUCAAAAUGGUUCUAUUAAUCCGAGGCUAUAUAAUUCUUCAUAUGGUUGAGAAUGCAUUUGGAAAAACAUCCUAAACUGCAUUAAAGCAGAACAAGUAUGCUUAAAAAAAAAUCUUUAAAUUCUGGCUACAGUUAUAAACCGUUCUCAGAGAUGUAAGUUUUAGCUUUAACAUGCAAAUGCAAUUGAUGGCUCAGUGAGAAAACUGAGAACAACUUACUCUGCCAGUUCAGAGGUUUGAGGUUUGAUUCCCUAGUUUCUGUUAUUAAUUGGCCUUGGUUGCAAACAGUGGAAUGGGUUUUACUGACUAUCCAUGCCAGAUGUGUUCAGGCAAAUCAAAGCAUGAAGCUCAGCAACAGUGAAUUGUGUGGUCAAAAAACUGCUGACAGCUUUCAUAAGAGAAGGUACCUAACAAGAGUCACAACUUGAGGGCAAUAGGAAAAUAUAGUUGUCGAAGUUACUAAAAUGUUGUGUUUGGGUAAAAGUAUUACACAGGUAUUAGACAAUGACACACUUAAUGACAUUCCUAUUUUUAUGUGAAAGCCUCAGGGUGCACCUGCCUGAAUCUUAAUUUGGAAUGGAGCUGUGCAUUUGUUUUUUGUCAGGGAUUUUUUUUUAAUUUGUUGUAGGAUCUGAAAUUUUAUUUUAUUUGUAAGACUAAAGUUACCAAAUUUAUCCUUCAGAAAUGAGUGCAAAAUUAUUGUAACGAUUUUUGCUCAAUAAAAUUUAAUAAGAUCAUUUGAAAUACUAUCAAGAACACAGUGAUAUGGAAGUCCAGAGUAUGUGAACAUUAGCUUUGACACUAAGUAGCCAUGAGAUCAGGUAUUGAUGCACAGCACUCUGUGCGGUUUUUAUUUAUUAUUUACAUCCUUUUUGUUUAAUUUGUCACUUGCAUUGAAGAUCAGGUUCAUCUUGGAGCAGUUCAGAAUAUUAUAGCAUUAGAUUCUGGACGGCUUGCUCUUAAGAUGUUUUAAAUAACUUUUACUUAUGACCAGUGACUUAUUGAUCAGUAAAUGCAUUAAUUUGUCCUUCAGGAUUCAUGGGCUCUGCAGUUUAAUUGCACUCUUAUUUUUCAAUAAAUCACUGAUGAAUUUGAAUUGGGAACAAAUGACUACAUUUUAAAGUGCAGCACUUUGUCUCCAAUGAGUACAUAUGUUGAUAAUGACCAAGAAAUUGGUCUGCUGGAUGAGGAAAAUUGCUACCUGAUACCAAUUUUAGUUUAUGUAAGUUAGAGUUUCUUCUCAUGGCAGAACUUGGAGUAUCGCAGUUGAUUUUCUUUUAACAUCUGGGACAGUAUUACAACAAGCAUCUCACUGAGAUCCACAAUCACAACAUAAUUUCAAGGAUGAAAUGGUGCAGUAUGAUGCAUCCUGAAGUCAUUGGUCUGGUUCUAUGCUUGCAGUUACCUGUUUACAAUCAUACCAUUGGGUAGUUGAGGCAGCACAUUCGAGAGGCAGCAAGUUAAAAAAGUAAUGUAGAAAAUAGUUCUUUUAAAAAUAAGUGAAGAGCCAUUACAUUUGUCUUUAAAUAUGUUUAAUAUUUUUUGUCAUAAAGCAGCAUGUCCAACAUUGCCAGUUAACUCAUCAAUAAAUCUCAGUAGAACAAUAUGUGGAGGACCACAAAUGGAAAGGAAACAGAAUGCUGACCACUGUACCUCAAAUGUGGUGUUUACAACUUUUGACAUCAGCUCCUGGUAAAUAAUAAAGUAGUAGGCAGAUCUAACUUGGCUUGCAUACAGUAACCACUUUAGGAUUUUUAAUUUUAACCAGUAGUAGUUUGGGGAUUUUUUUUUGUUUGCCCUCAUACAUACAACAUACAAAUAAGUGGAUUUGCACAGGUUAGAGUUCAAUUUUAGUGUUUUGAAUUAAAAAUAGGUAUUUGGGACAUUUAAGCUGUAACAAAAAUCAUGGCUGUUCAAGAUCUUGAGCAUACUGGCAAAGCCUAUUGUAGAAAAUACAAUUUUUUUUAGAGAAAUCCAUUUCUUGCUUUCAACAAUUUUGAAAUAAAAUUUAUUUUACUUAAAUUUUUUAUGCCUCUGUCUUUGAUUUCAGAGUUAUUGAAAGCACUGCCAGUUUUAUUAUACUGUCCUUUUUAACAUGUUUACCUUUGAGAUUGCCUUGGUUCUGUACUUUGGGGAAACUUAGUUCCAACCCAUAGCAAAUCGCUAUGCUUGCUUUAUUUUAGUUUUAUAGCUCAUUUUGUUCCUCAGAGUUUGAAGCGGUCUUCUGGCAAUAUUUAGAUAUGAUCUUAGAUACAUUAAGACUUGGGAUAUCAAAAAAGUUUCCUUAUGAAAGUUCAAGAAUUUAGCUAUAUGUUGAUCUUCAAUGUGACAUCAUAGAGAAAAAGAUACUUAGUUCAUGUCAUGAACUAAAUCAAGAUGUGGUUCUGGCUCAAAGGGAAGAAAGAAACCAAAGUGGUGAAUGUUAUCUAUGUGAUGCCUUGUGCUCUCUGAUAGUUGGCCGAAGAACCAAUUAAAGGAUUUAAUAGCUGAGGUAUGAUGUCUGAUAAGAUUGAAUUCCAGGAAUAACGUGGGUAUGAAUAUUAUAUAAAUGUUACUGAGAACAUCUUCAGAAAUUAGUUUGAGUGUUGAAAUUUGAGUAUUGUUCUCAUCUGUGGAUAUGGGUUUUAGGACAGUGCAUUUUGCUAUUAUAUUCUAUGGUUGUAAGGAAAAAGAUUGAUAUUCACUGUUCACCUAAAAAGAUCUUUUAUUGCAUUUUGUGUCCCUAUCAGGGGUUCCAUGGCAUUUACUUUUUGAAGAAUAGUCACAAAACUGAACAUCUACAAUCUCCCACAAACAAAAUGUAAUAAUGAGCCAAUUAUCUGCUUAAGUGAUGUUGAUUGAGGGAAUAAGACAGUGGAUACAACAGCAGGGAUAAAC